AAAAUGUUGAACUUGAGUGUCCCAGAAAACCAAGUCGCUGGGCAUAAAGCGAAGGAGGGUGUGAAUGGGCCUCUGGUAGAUGAUUCUGGAAAGUUCUACAAGCCUCUUCAGAGUGAUGAGCGUGGUUCUAACGAGGUCACCUUCUACACUUCCUUCUCCUCCGAUCCCAGAAUUCCCCACAACAUUCGCUCCUUCUUCCCCAUCUUCCACGGCACCUCCGUCGUUAACGCCGCCGACCACCUCGUCUUGGAAGACCUCCUCUCCGCUUACUCCAACCCCUCCGUCACCGACAUCAAGAUCGGUUCCAGAACUUGGUACCCAGAAGCUUCUGAUGAUUACAUCAACAAGUGCCUUCAGAAGGACAGAGAAUCCUCCUCCAUCUCUCUGGGUUUCAGAAUUUCAGGAUUGAAGUCUGUGGGAGCUUCCAAUUCAUGCUGGCAGCCACACAAGAAGUUCCUGCAGAGCCUCUCUGCUGAGGAUGUCAAAUUGGUUAUGAGGAAAUUUGUUUCUUCCGACGGGAAUGCCGACAACCCAGAUUGUGUUUUUGCGUCUGAGGUUUUUGUCCCUGUUUUGAAGCAGCUUUUGGAGCUUAAGAAAUGGUUUGAGGUUCAAACCAUCUUUCAUUUCUAUUCUUGUUCUGUUCUUGUGUUGUAUGAGAAGGAAGGGAAGAAGAGAGCGGGUGCUGUGGUUAAACUUGUUGAUUUUGCUCAUGUGGUGGAUGCAAAGGGUGCCAUUGAUCAUAACUUCUUGGGUGGGCUUUGUUCUUUGAUUAAGUUUGUUUCAGAUGUCCUUGCUGGGGUAGAUGGUAAAGUUGAACUCUGAGUGAGACUACACUGCCAUUGUUGUUUAUUUUUCCUUUUAAGUGAGUUCCCAAUUGUGAAUUUCCUAGUGAUCUUAUGUGGAGUUCAUGUCCUCAUGUUGUAAUUUCUUUUCAUCUUAUGAUGGGGUUCAAUGCAGCAGAGAAAUUGCUUCA